GAUUCGGAUUUUAAGCAUUACUUUUUGGAAACAUCAAUUGACCGAUUGAAAGCCACCUAUCAUCAGUUCGAAAUUGAUUUACGGUUCGAGGGGAAGGUGCCAAAUUGUACUGAUUUUCGAGCAACACACUCAGAUGGGUAUCAAAUGGUAAGCAAAGUGUCAAUUUCAAAGAUUGAUUUAAUCGAAAUCAAUGAUUCAAGCGAUGAUGAAGGCCACAGAGAAAGCACCACGAACAAUUCGACUCAAUUGGUCCGAAAACAGAAAUUGGAUGGAAAUAAUGCUUUGGCUUCUGUUCGCUACAAGCACCAUGCAACCAUUGGAAAUAGCACAUUGACAAAAGGGACCAGUGAUCGCAAUGAAUCUCGCAUUGGCUCAACAACAAUCAAAAGACGACGAAUCGAUAAGGAAAUGAGGUCAUUCGCUGAAGGUCGCCAGAAUAAAUCAAGCGCUUUUGAUAACUUUUUCAAAACUGUAGCAGCCAAUCGCCAGCAGACAAAUCAACAUCGAGCAAUAAACAGUUCCGGAAGCAACACUCGAUCGAUGUUGGGUGAAAGUCGUGUAUCCAGAAUCCCUAUGCAAAGGACUUUGGCUGAAACAAAUCAAAUCGCCAGUUUUGGAAAUGUCCCAAUUUGUGAUCAGCGCAUUAAGAUCGAGAGCACAAGUUCAAUGGACUCAUCAACAAGAAAUAUAUAUGAUAAUCCAAUCAUGAUUAAUAAAUCUAACAUCGCUUUUGACGACAAUUUAGUGAUUGAGUCGACUUCCAACGAACGACGAAAUGAACCAAGAAAUGAAGGAGCAAAGAUUUUGAAGAAUAAAACGCGGCCAUCAAUUCCAUCAAACCAGUUGGUAGUAAAAAAGCGAUUCAAGUGCCAACUUUGUGAAUAUUCCUGCAAUUAUAACUCUGACCUCAAGAAACACACGCGUACUCACACCGGCGAGAAGCCGUAUCCAUGUGAAAUUUGCCGCAAAGGAUUCACAAUGCUACAAAACAUGAAGAAGCACAAAGUGACUCACACCAACGAAAUCCCGUUCCAUUGCCGAGGUUGUUUCAGUGAAUUUUCCCAGGAGACCAAGAAAGAUGCCCACGAAAAAGUGUGCAAAUAUCGUCGAUAUGAAUGCCAUAUCUGCAAGAAAUUUUUCACUGUGGGUAUAACUCAGUUGAAAAUGCAUAUACGAAAGCACAACGGUGAAAAACCGUUCCGUUGCGAGAUUUGUAUGGUGCGUUUUACAUUCAAAUCUAAUCUGAAGAAACAUUUGAACACAAUCCACACCAAAAACAACUAUUGAACAAUUACAUCCAUCUCUAAAAUAUUUCCAACAUUCACGUCUGGCCAUGAUUGGCGUUCUGGUCAAAAGUAGAAACUCCAAAACCGAUUUGAUUCAAUAUAAUUAUUUAAAUUCAACACAAGC